ACUCUUCCCUACAUGGGCCACUCUGUCAGGUGCAGCACACCUCACACCUUCUCUUCCUCUGCUCACCGAGGUUUUUCCUGAAGAACAGAAUGCCUCUGCAGUCCACUCUGUCCGGUAGGAGCUCGGGCUCCAGCCAGGUGGUCAACACCCAGUGGGAUGGGAAGUCGUUUGAGCAGCUCCGGCGGGAGUGCCUCCAGAAGGGGGUCCUGUUCGAGGACCCAGACUUCCCUGCCACCGAUGCCUCCCUCUUCUUCAGCCAGAGCGUUCCUGUCCAGAUUGAAUGGAAGAGACCACAUGAGAUCUGCCAGAACCCAAAGUUCAUUGUUGGUGAUGCAAACAGGACUGACAUCUGCCAGGGACAGCUGGGGGACUGUUGGCUCCUGGCAGCUAUCGCCUCUCUGACCCUUAAAAAAGAAGCUCUGAAUCGAGUCGUUCCCCACGACCAAAGCUUUGACCAAGGAUACGCCGGCAUCUUUCACUUCCAGUUCUGGAAACACAACAAAUGGCUGGAUGUGGUGGUGGACGACAGGCUGCCGACGGUGAGAAAUCAGCUCAUCAUGCUUCACUCUGCCUCCAAUGAUGAGUUCUGGAGCGCCUUGAUGGAAAAAGCCUACGCCAAGAUUCAUGGCAGCUAUGAGUCCCUGAAAGGCGGCAGCACCAUGGAGGCCAUGGAGGACUUCACUGGUGGAGUUGGAGAGGUGUAUGAAACCAAGAAACCUCCAGAAAACCUGUUUGCGAUCAUGAAAAAGGCCUUAGACAGAGGCUCCAUGAUGGGAUGCUCCAUUGAUAUCACCAGCUCUGCCGAGUCUGAAGCCAAGACCAGCACAGGCCUUGUGAAGGGACACGCCUACUCCAUUACAGGCCUGGAAGAGGUUAACUUCAGAGGCCAGAGAAUCAAGUUAAUCCGAAUCAGAAACCCAUGGGGUCAGGUGGAGUGGAACGGCAACUGGAGCGACAAUUCUAGAGAGUGGGAUUAUGUUGACAAAGCAGAGAAAUCCCGGAUCCUUCACAAUUCAAGUGAUGAUGGAGAAUUUUGGAUGGAGUUUGAAGACUUCAAAAGGAAUUUUGACAAGGUGGAGAUUUGCAACAUGACCCCCGACGCCCUGGAUGAUAACACAAAACGCCACUGGGAGGUCAACGUCUUUGAGGGCAACUGGAUCCGCGGCUCCACCGCUGGAGGCUGCAGGAACUACAUCGACACAUUCUGGACCAACCCACAGUUUAGGCUGGAGCUGGAGGAUGCUGAUGAUGAUGAUGACGUCUGCAGUGUGGUGAUUGCUCUAAUGCAGAAGAACAGACGGAAGCUAAGGAAAGAAGGCCUGGACCUGGAAACAAUUGGCUUUGCUGUGUAUGAGGCUCCAGAGGAUGACGACCAAGUGGGGAAGGAUUUUUUCCGCUACCACCCCUCCAAGGCUCGCAGCAGGACGUACAUCAACAUGCGGGAGGUCUCCGAGCGCUUCACCCUGCCUCCUGGGAAGUACCUGCUGGUCCCCACCACCUUCCAGCCCCACUGCGAGGCCGACUUCCUCAUCCGCAUCUUCUCAGAGAAAGCAGCCAAAGCCAUAGAGAUGGGGACCAACGUGGACGCAGACCUUCCAGAGCCCCCGAUGCCCAGCCCUCCAGAGGAGGAGAGCGAUGAGGAGAAAGGCCUGAGGAGGCUGUUUGAGCAGCUGGCUGGUUCGGACCAGGCUAUCUCUGUGAUGGAGCUGCAGCAGAUGCUGAAUGGUGUUCUCAGUCGACGAAAAGAGAUCCAGUUUGAAGGGCUGAGCCUCACCACCUGCCACAGCAUCAUGAACCUGAUGGACGUGGACAACACGGGCAAGAUCGAGUUCCAAGAGUUUAAGGUGUUCUGGGAUAAAAUGAAGAAAUGGAUUAUGCUCUUCCUGUCCUUUGACACGGAUCGCUCAGGGAAGAUGUCUUCUUAUGAGCUUCGUAUCGCUUUGAACGCUGCUGGUAUGCAUCUGAACAACCAGCUGCUGCAGCUGAUUGGUUUGAGGUUUGCAGAUGACAGCUAUGACAUUGACUUUGAUGACUACCUCACCUGCAUUGUCCGUCUGGAGAACAUGUUCAGAACUUUCCAGGCCCUGGAUAAGUUUAACAGGGGCAGAGUACAAAUGAACAUGAUGCAGUUCCUUUUGUUGUCGAUGAACGUCUGAGAACCAGAUGGAAGCAGACGGAGACGGUGCUGGAGGAGGAGCUGGAAGCAGCAACACAUCUCUCUAUUUGACUUUUUCCUUCUUUAACUGCUUAACCUGUCAUUUAAUGACUAAAUGUGCACCAACGGAUUUAAGAGGUUCAUCUUUGAAUUUUGCUGCUUUUUCUUCACUCGUUACCUGAAUGCAAGGAAAUUGUGAAUAAAAACAUUUAAACAUUA